GCUCUGAUACUCUUUUAUUUGUUAUAUCAUAUCCAAGUACAGUAAUUUUUCAUGACAUGUCAUAGAUCGUUAGUUAUGUUAUGUAUGGGACUAGGUGCAUGGGUUCUUGGUUUACUCAUGAAAAUCAAUCAAUCAUAUUCUUCAGCAUAGCUCUCCAUUGCCUUAAUAUUACUAUUCGGCUUAGCUACUGCAGUGGAAAUAAAUCUUCGAAACGUGUAUUAUUUAUUAUUACUUCAUCUUCUAACACAAGAAAACGUAAUAUAUCCCCAAAAAAAAUCCCACCCUAGAUGGUCGUGCAUGUGUUCAUCAACCAUCAUGACACCUGGGUAUCAAAUAUAUCAAAGAUCGGGGAAAAGACAUAGAUAA